GUGUUCACUAAUAACAUAGAGAGAACAUAUAUAGUGACAAGUAGUAUAGUGUCUUCAUCCACAGAGCAAAAGUUGUGAAAUUUUAAAACGUGUCAAAAUUAGAUGUUAUAUCACCUAUUUAUCGAAAUUUUAUUUAUAUCAAAGUGUAAAAAGUAUCAUAAGUAAUAUUGUGAUAUAUAUUUAUUAUUAUAUAUACAUUUAUUAUUAUUAGUUAUAAAUUUUUUAAGAAAUUUUACUCGCUGGAAUGUUUUGUUGAUCCUCUUGUAAAUCCUCUCAAAAAUUUUUCAGAAAGAUGUCAGAAAUUUUAAGUGAAAGAAGUUAUAUAUUUGGUCAUAACUAACACACAAUGGAAAUGCAAAUAAUUUAAGUAAACUUUAUGAAGUACCGUUUCAAAUUUAAAAUCCAUCUCAAUAUCUCGAAAAUGUUUUUUAUAUAAUACUAGUUCAAAAAAAAGAAAAAAAUAAAUAUAUUCUUAGAAAGUAAUAUAAUAUAAAUACUUCAGAUAAGAAAAGAAUAAAAUCAAGGUAACGAAAAAAGAAAAGUAAAGAGAUAAGUGCGUGGAAACUGGGUUACAAUCAUGAAAUUCGCCAAUCCGUUGCAACGAUUCAAAAAAUGCAUAAUAUUAUUUUCAUUGGGUAUAAGUUGCAGUAUUUUAUCUUAUUUAAUAUAUAUAAUAAAACCAUCACAAUUAAUAUUGGAAUAUAAUCUGGAAAUGAGACCAGAUUCAUUGGCUUUUGAAUUAUGGAAAAAACCUCCAAUUCAGAUUUACAUAAAAGUAUACAUAUUUAAUAUAACAAACAUGGAAGAAUUCCUCAAAGGCGGAGUAAAAUUAAAAGUUGAAGAAAUUGGACCUUACGUCUAUCAAGAAAUAGUAGAAAACCAUAAUAUUACUUGGCAUGAAAAUAUGAUUUCAUACAUUCCAAAAAGAACAAUAAUAUAUGUUCCAGAAAUGUCGAUUAAUGAUCCAAAAAAAGAUAUAAUUCAUGUUCCAAAUAUACCUAUGUUGGGACUUUCUUCAUCGUUGCACGACGCUGGAUUUUUUGUUAACUAUCCUUGGACGAGUUUGGUAAAUAUAUUGGAUAGUAAACCGAUAUUAAAACUGAAUGUUCAUGAUUAUCUUUGGGGCUAUGAAGACAAAUUGAUUCGUUUUGCUAGUGGAGUUAUGCCAAAUUUUAUAGACUUCAUUAAAUUCGGAUUACUCGACAGAAUGUAUGAUGAAGGGGAAAAUGUAAUAUUGAUGAAUAUUGGAAAAAAUAAAAAUAUGACCGAGGAGGAAGGACGUUAUUUGAGUAUACAAUCGUACAAUGGUAGUCCAGGAAUGUCACAGUGGGGUUAUCGAGAAGAAGAUGGAAACGAAACUUAUCCAGAAAAUACAAUUUGCAAUCGCAUUAAAGGAACUACUGAAGGGGAAUUAUUUCCAUCUUAUCUAGACAAACAUGCUGUAUUCAGAAUAUUCCGAAAAGCAUUCUGCAAAGCUAUACCAAUUGUUUUCAAAAAGGAAGUGAUAAUGGAUAACGGUUUGAAUGGUUAUCUUUACAGCAUGUCGGAUGAUUUUUUGGAUACUUCUGAAGAGAAUCCGAAUAAUGCGUGUUAUUGCCAGAAAAAGAAACAAUGUUUGAAGAAAGGACUGUCCGACAUAACACCAUGUUAUUAUAAAAUACCUGCAGCGAUGUCAUUGCCGCAUUUUCUUCACGCUGAUUCUAGUAUAUACGAUAAUGUGGAAGGUCUUAAUCCGGAUUCUAAAAAACAUACUUCGCAAAUUAUAAUACAACCGACGAUCGGUAUUCCAAUGAAAAUUAAUUCGAAAAUACAGAUUAAUCUCGUUAUGCAACAUACAAUUUACAAUUCCAAAAUCAGGCCUUUUAAUGAUAUGACGAUACCAUUAUUCUGGAGUGACUUGGUAAUGGAUUCGUUACCGAAUGAUUUAACAUUCAUUUUAAAAUUAAUACUUCAAAUAUGCCCAAUGGUAGAAACAGUGAUAAUUUGGUUACUGGCUAUCGCAGGAACGACGAUGUUUGUAUUAUCGUUAUUAGCUAUAUUGUGGACUAUUAAUCAACAACAAGAACCACUUCCGUCGGAAAGGAGAGAAAGUUGCGAUUUACGAAUCCCAUUAAAUUACAAUCAGUACACAACAAUACGUAUUUUGCCGAAUAUCAAAAAGAUAAAAUCCAAGUCAGAUUUAUUUAGCUAA